AUGGGGACUGGAAGUGGAUCGAGGGCACUUUUCCUCCUACUCAUGAUGCUUCUGAACGGCGCUGCCACUGUUGCACAAACUGUUUUAGCAUCUCCAACCACUACUGCCCCCCCAACUACUACAGCACCUCCAACUACUACUGCCCCCCCAACUACUACUGCACCUCAAACCACUACUGCAGCUCCAACCACUUCUGCACCUCCAACCACUUCUGCACCUCCAACUACUACUGCACCUCCAACUACUACUGCACCUCCAACUACUACUGCACCUCCAACCACUACUGCACCUCCAACCACUACUGCACCUCCAACUACUACUGCACCUCCAACUACUACUGGACCUCCAACUACUACUGCACCUCCAACUACUACUGCACCUCCAACUACUACUGCACCUCCAACUACUACUGCAGCUCCAACUACUACUGCACCUCCAACUACUACUGCACCUCCAACUACUACUGCACCUCCAACCACUACUGCACCUCCAACCACUACUGCAGCUCCAACUACUACUGCACCUCCAACUACUACUGCACCUCCAACUACUACUGCACCUCCAACUACUACUGCACCUCCAACUACUACAGCACCUCCAACUACUACUGCCCCCCCAACUACGACAGCACCUCAAACCACUACUGCAGCUCCAACCACUUCUGCACCUCCAACCACUACUGCAGCUCCAACUACUACUGCACCUCCCACUACAACUGCACCUCCAACUACUACUGCACCUCCAACUACUACAGCACCUCCCACUACUACUGCACCUCCAACUACUACUGCACCUCCCACUACUACUGCGCCUCCAACUACUACUGCACCUCCAACUACUACAGCACCUCCAACUACUUCUGCACUUCAAACUACUACAGCAGCUCCAACUACUACAGUAGCUCAAACUUCUACUGCAGCUCAAACUACUACAGCACCUCCAACUACUACUGCAGCUCCAACAACUACAGCAGCUCCAACUACUACAACAUCUCCAACUACUACAGCACCUCCAACUACUACUGCAGCUCCAACUACUACUGCAGCUCCAACUACUACUGCAGCUCUAACUACUACUGCAGCUCCAACUACUACAGCAGCUCCAACUACUACUGCACCUCCAACUACUACAGCAGCUCAAACUACUACAGCACCUCCCACUACUACUGCACCUCCAACCACUACUGCACCUCCAACCACUACUGCACCUCCAACUACUAAUGCAGCUCCAACUACUACUGAACCUCCAACUACUACAGCACCUCCAACUACUACAGCACCUCCAACUACUACAGCACUUCCAACUACUACUGCAGCUCCAACUACUACAGUAGCUCCAACUACUACUGCAGCUCCAACUACUACUGCAGCUCCAACUACUACUGCACCUCCAACUACUACAGCACCUCCAACUACUACAGCACCUCCAACUACUACAGCACCUCCAACUACUACAGCACCUCCAACCACUACUGCACCUCCAACCACUAGUGCAGCUCCAACUACUACUGCACCUCCAACUACUACUGCAGCUCCAACUACUACUGUACCUCCAACUACUACAGCAGCUCCAACAACUGCAGCAGCUCCAACUACUACUGUACCUCCAACUACUACAGCAGCUUCAACAACUGCAGCAGCUCCAACUACUACAGCAGCUCCAACUACUACAGCACCUCCAACUACUACUGCAGCUCCAACUACUACUGCAGCUCCAACUACUACAGCACUUCCAACUACUACUGCACCUCAAACUACUACAGCAGCUCCAACUACUACUGCACCUCCAGCUACUACAGCAGCUCAAACUACUUCAGCACCUCCCACUACUACUGCACCUCCAACCACUACUGCACCUCCAACAAAUUCUGCAGCUCCAACUACUACUGCACCUCCAACCACUACUGCAGCUCCAACCACUACUGCACCUCCAACUACUACUGCAGCUCCAACUACUACUGCACCUCCAACUACUACUGCAGCUCCACCUACUACUGCACCUCCAACUACUACUGCACCUCCAACUACUACUGCACCUCCAACCACUACUUCACCUCCAACUACUUCUGCAGCUCCAACUACUACUGCACCUCCAACCACGACUGUAGCGCCAACCACUACUGCACCUCCAACUACUACUGCACCUCCAACUACUACUGCACCUCCAACUACUACUGCACCUCCAACUACUACUGCACCUCCAACUACUACAGCAAAUCCAACCAAUACUGAACCUCCAACCACUACUGCAGCUCCAACCACUACUGCACCUCCAACCACUACUGCACCUCCAACUACUACUGCACCUCCAACUACUACUGCAGCUCAAUCCACUACUGCAGCUCCAACUACUACUGCACCUCCAACCACUACUGCACCUCCAACUACUACUGCACCCCCAACUACUACAGCACCUCGCACUACCACUGUUGCACAAAGUACUACUGAAUCACAAACUAGUACUGCAGGUUCAACUACUACAGCGCCUCCCACUGCUGGUCAAAGUACUGAAGCUCUCACUGCUGGUCCAAGUACUGAAGCUCCCACUGCUGGUCCAAGAACUGAAGCUCCCACUGCUGGUCCAAGUACUGUAGCUCCCACUGCUGGUCCAAGUACUGAAGCUCCCACUGCUGGUCCAAGUACUGAAGCUCCCACUGCUGGUCCAAGUACUGAAGCUCCCACUGCUGGUCCAAGUACUGAAGCUCCCACUGCUGGUCCAAGUACUGAAGCUCCCACUGCUGGUCCAAGUACUGAAGCUCACACUGUUGGUCCAAGUACUGAAGCUCCCACUGUUGGUCCAAGCACUGAAGCUCUCACUGUUGGUCCAAGUACUGAAGCUCCCAAUGCUGGUCCAAGUACUAAAGCUCCCAAUGCUGGUCCAAGUACUAAAGCUCCCAAUGCUGGUCCAAGUACUAAAGCUCCCAAUGUUGGUCCAAGCAUUAAAGCUCCGACUUCUGCAGCUCCAGUUGCUCCAGUUGGACUUGUUACUACUGUAGGACAAAAUGUUGCAGCCGCCAACAGUUCUGGUGGUGGAGGCCUUAAAUAUUGGGGCGUAAUUCUAAUUUCGGCAGCUGUUGCGCUUGGUGCCAUUUUGGUUAUGAUUGGACUAUUUUCGGUCUGCUAUUUCUUAAAUCUUGGAAGUUUCCUGAGUAUCGGCGCAGGUGCCUUGCCAAGUGUCACAAGCGUUGCGCCUACUGUUGCCAGUGUUAUACCGAAUGCUACAGUCUCCAUUCCAGCCCCAACAUAUCCAACAUACUAUGCUCACAGUAACGUUUUGAGCAAUAACCCUGAGAUACCCUGCCAACCACCAAGAUAUCUGCCAAGACAACCACCACGUCAACCACCAAGGCAACCACCACGUCAACCACCACGACGUGAAGAUGACAGAAGAAAUAUUCCUCUUAAUUCCUACAUGGCAUAUGGCCGUCCCACCUAUUAA